AUGGCGGGCGGUACGGUAUUUUCAAAAAUUGAUUUAUUACAAGCACACUUAGAGUUAGAAAUACGACCGGAGGACCGCGAAUUACUUACAAUCAAUACACACAAAGGACUGUACAAACCGACGCAACUAAUGUACGGAGUGGCAUCAGCGCCAGCGAUUUGGCAACGCACAAUUAAAAAUAUUUCAAAAGAUAUUCCGGGUGUCGUAGUAUUUUUGGACGAUAUACAUAAAAGCGAGUUCUUUACGGAUCAAAUACAAUAUUGUGGUUACAUAAUUAAUAAAAGCGGUAUACAUAAAGCGCCAGAUAAAAUAGAGGCAAUUAAUAACGUGCGAAGGCCCACAAAUAUUACAGAAUUGAGAAGUUUCCUGGGCAUGAUACAUUACUACGAUCGAUUCAUUCCGAAUUUAAGUUCAAUUUUGAAACCGUUGAAUACAUUAUUACAAAAGGAAGUAAAGUAUGAAUGGUCUCCCGACUGCGAAAAAAGUUUUCAAGCCGCGAAGAAAGCUUUUACAAUUACAUUGGCGACAGAUGCAAGCCCAUAUGGAGUUGGAGCAGUUCUUUCGCAUAUUUUUCCGGACGGUUCAGAAAAAGCUAUACAAUACGCGUCAAGGACAUUGUCAAAAGCGCAACAGGCCUAUGCACAAAUCGAUAAAGAGGCGUUUGCAAUAAUUUUCAGAAUUAAAAAGUUUUACCAAUAUUUACAGGGAUCUAAAUUUACAUUAAUUACAGACCAUCGUCCGCUUACACAAAUAUUUUCACCCGCUAAGAGUUUGCCAGUAUUUACAGCCGCGAGAAUGCAGCAUUACGCGUUAUUUUUACAAAGUUUUAAUUAUGAUAUACAAUAUAGAAAGUCAGAAUUACAUGCAAAUGCAGAUUGCUUAUCUAGGCUUCCAAUUCCAGCUACCGAUACAUACGAAUGCGAUACAAUUGACGAAUUCCACAAGGCUACAUUCAAUAUAUUGCCGGUUACAGCAGAACAAGUUGCACAAGCUACAUUAGAAGAUAAAGAAUUGUCUAAAUUAUUAAAAUGCAUUCGAACAGGACGAGGGGACUUGAAGAACAAUAGAUUUCAUUCAGUUCCGCUCGCAGAGUUUACGCUUUUCAACAACGUGAUUUUUAGAGACCAUAAGGUAGUUAUUCCCGUAAAAUUACAAAAAAGAAAAUUACAAGAAUUACAUUCAGGACAUUUUGGUGUGGUCCGAAUGGAACAUUUAGCCAGAGGAUAUGUCUGGUGGAAUAAGAUAGAUAAUGACAUUGAAAAUUUAGUUAAAAAUUGUUCCGAAUGUAACGCUUACAAAAAUAAUCCAACUCAGAUUACACACCAUAUUUGGGAACCAGCUAACGUUCCGUUUCAGCGAGUUCACAUAGAUUUUGCAGGACCAUUUUUAGGGCAUUAUUUCUUUGUUCUGGUAGAUGCAUACACUAAAUGGCCAGAAAUACACGUAGGUAAUAAUAUAAACUCACAAGUUACGAUAGAAAUUUGUAGAAAAAUAUUUGCAAUUUACGGUCUGCCCCAGUACUUGGUCUCCGAUAACGGGAGAGCGUUUGUUUCGAAGGAAUUUACAGAUUUCCUAAAAGUAAAUGGAAUUACGCAAAGGCUCACUGCUCCAUACCAUCCUGCCACAAACGGACAGGCAGAGCGUUAUGUACAAAUAUUAAAGAAUUCGUUAAAGCGAAUGAAAGCGGAUCGUACGAAUAUACAACCAGCGUUACAACAAUUGUUAAUACAGUACAGAAAUACGCCACAUGCGAAAACAGGAAUAUCACCCGCGGAAUUAUUAUUUUCGAGAAAACUACGUACGAGAUUAGAUUUAUUACGUCCUACAGUCACAAAAGAAAGAUCAUACACGCCCUCCAUUAUUUUCAAGGAGGGAAAGAGAUUGAGACCGAUAGGGGACAAUACACCAGUUAGGAGCGAAGAUUAUAUUCAAUUUGAAGACAAUAUUCCUCCGACCGAUAUGACAGGGAAUACAAUCCGAAACACAGGGAACAAUUGUCCAGAAAAUGCGAGUUCCGAAUUAACUGAUAGUGAAACCAUAGUUAAUACUCCGGGAAAUGGAACGGGAAAAGAAAAUACACAUGCGAAUACAAGCGUUAGAUUUAGGAGCGAAGUAAAUACACCGUCUCCAUCUUCUCAUUCUCAAUCUCAUUCUCAUACUCAGCCUGAAACCACAUUAGAAAAUUCUGAUUAUUCUACACCUAGAAAUUCAUUCCUUACAUCCACCCCUCAACAUUCCCCUGAACCGAUUACAGAAAGUACACCUAUAAAUUCAAAUACGCGUCCUGAACGUACGAGGAAUUUACCAAAACGUUUCGAGGACUAUUAUUUACUAGAAAAGAGAUAA